AUGCCUAAGGCAAUUUCCAACGACGAGAUCCCCGCGAUCUUUUACCCCGUUCAAACCUUGCGGAUAAGCUCGAAUAUACCCCGAAUCGAGGAAUUCGAAUUUAGCCCGGCAAAACCCGUAAGGGCCCAUUACCUUGAUCCAAGAUUGAAGUCCAGGCCCACUCAAGCCCAGCAAGAAGACCUCGAGCCCACCAAGCGACUCCCUCGUAAGCCAGUUAACUGCCAUCCGAGCUAUUCCGGUCGACGUAAAGACGAGCUCCAGCUCGAUCAAGGACCAGGUCGGCACUGCGAAGAAAGACGAAGUCAAAGAAGAUCUCCUUCAAAUCCGGUCUGGUCCGAGAUCACCGGGAUCGUUAGCUGCACGUGGCGAGAUACGCGGAGGUGGAUCGUAGCUGAUUCUGGAGCUAUAAAAGGAGCUUGA